AUGGGGUUCCUCGGCGUAUACACGGCCGUGUACGAUUACCACCCCCAAGCAGAGGGGGAACUCGACCUGCGUGAAGGAGAUCUACUCUACCUGCUCGAGAAUAAUGCUGAAGAUGACUGGUGGAAAGCGAAGAAGAAGGCCAAUAGAGAGGAUGAGGACGAACCGGAGGGUCUCGUGCCCAAUAACUACGUUGAAGAGGCUCAACCCAUUCAUAUGGCAAAGGCGCUUUACGAUUAUACACGCCAGACAGACGAAGAAGUGUCGUUUUCGGAAGAAACAGAGCUGGUUGUAUACGACACUUCAGAUCCUGACUGGACGCUGGUCGGUGUCAAUGCAGAUUACGGAUUUGCCCCCGCGAAUUACAUUGAAAUCGUGGCAGACGGCACCGCUGCCGAGACAUCAGAGCCUGCUGCUGCGUACGCUGCUGAACCGCCAGCUCCCGCGCUUCCUCAGCGUCCUCCCGUGCCUCCGGCAACGGCAGAGCCAGAAGAAGAAGAGCCUCCUGCUCAGCCGCCUAGAUCCCCUGCUGAUACGGUCCAGAAUCCGGCGGCCGCAGCCAUUGCUGAUAUAAUCCACAAGCAGAACGCGUCGCCUGUUGAGGAACAUCAAUUUCCUACUCGUGCCAUACCCCCUCCGCCUCAACCGACAUAUGAGCCCGAGGAUAACUACCACAAUGAACCAUCUCCCCCAAGUCUGCCACAGCGGCCCCCGUCGCAGCAAGUCUCCCCUCCGGUCCGGCAGCGUUCGCCCCCCCUGCCCACCCGCUCACCGAUUGUGGCGAUCAAAGACGAAGACCGGGAGGGACAUGUGAAAGAGUCUCCCCCGUACAACCGUGUUGGACAACCCGCUCCGCGUUCGCCAUCGGGAUAUCAUAUGUACAAUAUCAACGAAAUGGUUGAGGCUAUGGGUAAAAGAAAGAAGAUGCCAACGACACUGGGCAUCAACGUUGCUACAGGAACUAUCUUCAUCUCACCUGAAGGAGAUGGCGAGCACCAGGAAUGGUCUCCGGAGAAGCUCACGCACUACUCAAUUGAAGGGAAGCACGUUUUUGUCGACUUGGUUCGCCCCAGCAGGAGCAUCGACUUCCACGCCGGGGCCAAAGAUACCGCUCGUGAAAUUGUCGCUGCUCUCGGUGAGAUCUGCGGUGCCUAUCGAGCUGAGGGAUUAAAAGAAGUUAUUGCGGCCAGUACUGGUGGUGGUGGAAAUAAGAAGGGUCAGAUCGCGUACGACUUCAUGGCACAGGGCGAUGAUGAGGUGACCGUGGCUGUGGGCGAUGAAGUCGUCAUCCUCGAUGACACGAAAUCCGAAGAGUGGUGGAUGGUUCGUCGUAUCAAGAACGGCAAGGAAGGCGUUGUCCCAAGCAGCUACAUCGAGGUCACCGGUUUUGUCUCCAAGGAGCCAACCGGAAUUGAGUCUGGUCUGUCGACCGUGGAAAAGAACCGCCUGGAGGAGUCCCGACUGGCCAAGGAAGCCCUGAGAAAUACACGGGCUGACUCUAUUGACUCCAGAGGCUCAGAGCGUCAGAAGCGCGAAAGUAAAACCGGCAGCAGACCGAAGCCCGAUUCGAGCAAGGUGCGGCGAUGGACAGACCGCACCAAGACCUUUAAUGUGGAUGCGCAGUUCAUCGGAUUACGGGAAGGGAAUAUACAUCUGCAUAAAACGAACGGUAUUAAGAUUGCGGUCCCCAUCCCGAAGAUGUCGGUCGAAGAUUUGGAAUAUGUCGAGAAGGCUACUGGUGUGUCUCUGGAAGAAGACAAGCCGCUCUCCGAUGUUCGUCGUCGCAGUAACUCUCGUGCGGAAGCCGAUACCAAAAAGGCCGGUGCGUCAUUCCAGCAGUCCGAUUAUGACUGGUUUGAUUUCUUUCUCAAAGCUGGUGUUGGGCCUCACCAGUGCGAGAGAUACGCCCAGAACUUUAUCCGGGAUUCCAUGGAUGAAAGUGUCCUUCCAGAUAUUACACCUGAGAACCUGCGUACUCUAGGUCUUAAGGAAGGUGAUAUCCUCCGGGUGAUGCGCUACUUGGACACCACCCUUGCUCGAACCGGCUCUAAAUCCAAGGCAAGGAACGUCAGCUUUGGCGGUGAAGAGAUAAUUGGUAACGGCGAGGACGGUGGAGCCAGUGGUCUCUUUUCUGGUCCUGGUGGAGCUCUACACAACAACACUCGGAAGGGCAGACCGGCUCCGGCCGUCCAAACGGGUGAUGUUGUUGACCCCAAAGUGUUUGAGCAGAAGGAUCGAUCCAAACCACAGGAACAAGUCGAGACCCCUUCGACCCCAGCUGCGCCCGAGAAGCCUGUCGAACGUGGAUUCGAAGAUGAUGCUUGGGAGGUCAAGCAUCCUAAACAACCUACUACUGCUGCUCCUGCGGCUGCUGCUGCUACUUCACCAACGGCUCCCGCCACGACAUCACCGCCCCCGGGCCCGACAUCGCAGCAACUGACAGGCGCAUUAGCGGAUCUAUCUGUCCUUCACCCGCCUCUCCAACCCCAACCAACGGCGGCUCCCCAGCCGCAGCCCGCUGCGCCGAUUGUGCAGCCCCAGCCGACUGCGCAGCCCUCGCCAGUAUCACCUCAGCAGCCACAGCAAACCGGUGCCAGUCCAAACUUCUUUGCUCAAUUGGCCCAGCAACCCACUGGCCUUCAGCAACCGUCGCGUCAACGCCCGCAACCGCCUCAGAACCUAGGACAGAGUUCGCUUCUCCCCCCCCCUCCACCUAGACCCUUGUCGGCGCCUCAGAACUUCUCUCAGCAGCCUACUGGAUUUGGCGCCACUCCGUUACAACCACAGUUGACCGGACUCCCUCAAACUGGGCCGCAGCUUGCUCCUCCGGGACAGAGUUUAGCCGAGUUGAGCCAGCAACGUUUCCAGCCACAACCGACAGGCUUCCAGCCACAACCGACAGGCUUCCAGCCGCAACCGACAGGAUUACAACCGCAGCCCACAGGCUUUCAGCCGCAGUCUCAAUUUGGAAUCCAACAGCAGCAACAACUGCAAGCUCAGCAACCAGGCCAACUCGGAUUCCAGGGCAUGGCACCGCAACCAACGGGCUUCGGGGGUUUCCAGGCGCAGCCGCAGCAGCCAAUGGCGACUGGCAUCAACUCUAUGCUUCCUCCGGCAAUGCAGCCUCAGCCCACUGGCUUGCAGCCUCAGCCCACCGGUAUUAAUGGUUUUGGAAGCAUGUCUUACAACAUUUCGCCUCCGCCAGUGCCUCCGAUUCCACAACAGUCCACUGCUGCGCCUUUGCAGCCGCAAAAGACCGGGCCUCCCCCUUCCGUUCGCUUCGGUGUUAAGCCCGGGGAAACUCAGAAGCUUGCUCCACAGCCUACGGGAAUGAAGGCCAACCUUUCACAAGCUACACCCACGAACCCGUUCGGUUUUUAA